AUGGGAGGGGCUCACAUGGGGUGGUUCCUCUUGUGUUCUUCUUCUCUGCUUCUUUUUGCUGUCAUGGCUUCAACUGGGUCACUCACAAACUUGCCCAUCAUAGCCUUUGAGGAUGGCUACACCCCCUUGUUUGGGGACCAUAAUUUGGCCAUCCAUAGAGAUGGCAAAUCAGUUCACCUUUCACUUGAUGAAAGAACAGGUUCUGGAUUUGUGUCUCAUGACCUUUACCUUCAUGGCUACUUCAGUGCCUCGAUUAAGUUGCCUUCUGAUUACACAGCUGGAGUUGUGGUUGCAUUUUAUAUGUCUAAUGGUGACAUGUUCCAGAGUAACCAUGAUGAGAUAGACUUUGAGUUUUUGGGUAACAUUAGAGGCAAAGACUGGAGGAUUCAGACCAAUGUUUAUGGCAAUGGAAGUACCAACAUUGGUAGAGAGGAAAGAUGUGGCCUAUGGUUUGAUCCUGCUGAGGAUUUCCAUCAGUAUAGUAUUCUCUGGACUGAUUCUAAGAUCAUAUUUUCCGUGGAUGAUGUACCUAUUAGGGAAGUAAAGAGAACAGAAUCUAUGGGAGGAGAUUUCCCCUCAAAGCCAAUGACUUUGUAUGCUACCAUAUGGGAUGCAUCUGAUUGGGCAACUAAUGGAGGCAAAUAUAGAGUAAAUUACAAGUAUGCACCCUAUGUUGCUGAGUUCUCGGACUUUGUCCUGCAUGGUUGUGCAGUUGAUCCCAUUGAGCAUGUGACCAAGUGUGACAGUAGUGCCCAAGAUUCUGAGGCAGUUCCUGCUGAUAUCACCCCAGUACAAAGAACCAAGAUGAGGAACUUCAGGUUGAAGCACAUGACAUACUCUUACUGCUAUGACACAGGUAGAUACAAAGUCCCUCCACCAGAGUGUGUCAUCAACCCUCAAGAAGCUGAAAGGCUAAGAAAAUUUGAUCCGGUCACGUUCGGCAAUGGCCGGCGCCACCGUGGAAAACGACACCACCGUAUUAGAGGAAGCCAGGAAGAGGCUGCUUCUUCAUUUUAA